AUGGACCAAGAAGGUAUCCAGUUGCCAUUAGAUUUUACAAAAGAGUUGCUAAAUCGAAAGCCUGAGCUAACUGGCGAGUUGAAUUCGCAAGGUUUUACGCCUCUUCACUUAGCAUCGGCAAAAGGGCACAUCCAGAUUGUGAAAGAUAUUUUAAGGAUCGACACUGCUUGUUGCUUCAUACAUGAUCGCGAGGGGAAAAUAUCAUUACAUUUGGCAGUGAUUAAAGGUCAUAUCGAUAUUUUUGAAGCCUUUAAAAUUGUUGAGGAUGAGGAGCUUCUAAGGAGUAAAGACUAUGAAGGAAAUACUGUGUUGCACCUUGCUGUUGCUAUGAGACACCUCCAGAUGAUAAAAUAUUUGGUAGAGAGUAAUAAAGCCGAGGUAAACACCCUGAAUGCAAAUGGUUUCACCGCUUUGGAUGUGUUACUACAAUGUCCAGCUCAAUCAGGAGACUUGCUAAUAGGUGAGGUUCUUCGCAGUUUCGGAGCUAUAAGAUCCUCCAAUAGGUCCAAUACCUUGCUUCUCUCCGAAAUGGACACAUCCUCACACCAAAUUGAACCCGCUAUGAUCGGCUCGCAAACAAUCCUUAGCAGAUCGGUGAAAGAAACUAAAAGAAAGAAGAAAAAUACUAUGAAAAAAAUGAAUGCUAGUGAGGAAGAAGAUGAUGAUGAUGAUUUUGAAAACAAUCGUGACUUGAGACGAGAUGCAAACUCAUUAAUGGUGGUGGCUGUCCUAAUAGCCACCAUGACGUUUGAAGCUGGAUUAAACCCACCUGGUGGAGAUUGUGUUAAACUAAUCAACACUGCUAGUUCUAAUUGCACAAUCAACAAUUCAUUCUUCAACAGGAGUACAACUUUUGAAUCCCGGAUUUUUAAUGGCACCGAGAUAGGUAAUUUUAUAAAGCUGCCAGGAUUCAGCUAUUAUGUUUUUGAGUUGGUCGACACGAUAGGAUUUUUAUCAUCGUUGAGUGUCAUGGUUCUGAUUAUAUGUGGAUUUCCUUACAAGCAAAGUUGUCUCAAGUGGACUUUGAUGGUUGUUAUGAUGAUAGCAAUGGCAUCGGUAGCUUUGUUAUUCAUGUUUUGA